AUGUCCAAACGACGAAACAAGGCUUUUUUUUCAUCUGAUUCACGAGAAAAGGAUGAAAGAGUAUCCCCAUCGUCGGGAUCUUAUACUCAUCAUCAAGAUGAUUCGUAUAUUCCAAAAGAACGGAGGAAAUCAGAGGAUCAUGGGAAACCUUCAGAAAAAGAGGAGAACAAGAACCCUUCCGAAUCAUCCAAUUAUUCUCGUUACACCACUAAAUUCUCGUAUAUUCUCAUUGCUGUAUUACCCACAUUAUUAACUUCCAUUAUGGAUCUGUAUAUGGACAUGCACUUGACUAAAUAUUAUUUGGAAGAUAUUUGUAAGAAUAAUGCUUCUGAUGAGAAUAUUGAUCAUCAUCCUUUAUCAUGUAUUUCACCAUCCCGAUUUGGAUUAAUUCAUUCAUUUAUCCGAUCACUGAGUUUAUUUACUGAUUUUUUCAGUGCCACUAUUAUUGAUAGUCAUUCCUUUCGCCACGACACGUUAAUAAUGAUUUUGGCACCGUUGUAUUGGUUCACUAGUUGUGCCUUAUUUAUGGGUCCUUCCAUCAUGAUGAUUCAUCCUCUCUUUCAAAACUUUUCUUUCACCGAUGUUUGGUAUAUGCUGUGUUCCUUACUGAAGAAUAUGAUUCCAUUGAGGGUAUUGUAUGAUUCCAGCAUGAUGAGAAUGUGUCAAACAUGGAGUGUGAAAGAUCGAGCAGAUUUAUUUUCAUUCAAACAUCAAGCGUCCUUGUAUGGAAGUUUAUUGGGAGGAUUUUUACCGACACUUGUGACCUAUGUAUUGGGUAGACCAAUCUUUCCACAUUCUUAUGUGGGUAUUGGUUCAUGCAUGGUUGUACUUUCUUAUGUGGUCAUGGCUCAUUUCUUACGAAAAUCAACGGACAAUAGUUUCACCUCAGAGGAUUAUUCAUCGCAGAGAAAUAGUUCACAACAAAAAGUUUCAUGGAUUCCUUCGUUAAAGAAGUGUUUUGAAAAUCGAGCAUUUUUAAUCUUGCUCUACUUAUUUACAUAUGAAACAUUGAGAGGAUUGUUGUGGAAUGGUCUUUAUAUUUUGUAUUUAACCAAAGUGUUACAUCUUGAAGGUUCAGAUUUUGAUUUUUAUUCUGGGGUGAUGAAUACUGCUGGAAUGGUAGGAGCAAUGAUAUUUACUCCAGUGUGGCAAUAUAUUGCUUCAAAAUAUGGAAAUUAUAAUUGUUGGCUCUUUUCUUACAUGUUACAAAUUCCCAUUGGAGUGUUUGUUUAUUUAGCCAUUGAUUAUUCGGCCACAACCUCUCAAAUUUAUUGGUAUUUACCAUUUUUCAUGCUGCUGACAAUCACAGGAAGAGCCAGUGGAUUUUUAUUGGAUGGUAUUAAGAGUACAGUAUUUGAUUAUGAUGAGUUAAGAACUGGAGAACGUCGAGAGGCUUCUAUUGAGGCAACUUGGUCAGUAAUUCCACGCUAUGUGGACAUGCUAUCAAGCUCUAUUUCUUUUGGUAUUUUAUCGUAUUUCAAUACCUAUGGAAUGUCACCGAAUGAAAUUGCCUCUUUGAAAAAUGGGGAAUAUACAAUCAAUGGAAGACACUCGAUAUCCGUACAAGCAGCCUUGCUUCCUUCCCUGACUUCUAUUUUUUGUCUGUUGUUAAUGUACAAGUUUCCAAUUAAUGACCAAAUUCAUUCGAAAAUCCUUGCAGAGCUCAAGAAGAGACGUGAGAACAAUGAGAAGUCUUCAAUGGUUGUUGUGGUGGACCCAAUUACCAAAGAGAAAAUUCGAAUGAAUGACCAUGUUGUCGUGACGUCACAGGAGAAGAAUCAUUCUGAGAGCAUUGCACGAGAGUCAUUCACACAACAACAACCAACACUCUUGAGGACGAUUUCCAAAGACUACUUUUUUUCGUUCGAGAUUGAGAGCAUGAAGAGAAAUGCAUUCCAUUUGAGGCAUGUAGUGCAUAUUGAAAUUGUACUCAGCGCACUAUUGUUUGCGUGUUGCUUGACUUUUGGAUAUCACUUUGUACAGUCGGUCUUAUUGGGCAGAGAUAUGUUUGCGUCUUUAUUUUUGUGGUUAAGCUCGUUGACAUUCACAUGGAGUGGUUUUCAUUUGAGUAGAAUAGGCACAGCAAGAAAAAUUAUCGAAAUAAAUAGUUAUCAAAAUUGA